UAACACACAGCAUCUCAUCAUCUACACACAAAAAGCAAGAAAAAUAACAGCAGCACAGUCAUUCCCUUCUCUUCCUCUUCCUUUUUAGCUCAACCUUAACUUCUUUAGAUUUGGAUAGUUUGAGGUGGAGGAGGAUUGCAACGGUACACUCAACAAAGCACCACUCUGCUGUCCAAGCUAACAGGGUCAGCAAAUCCGAAUAGCUUUCCUGAGUUGUCCCUUUUGCUUCAAUGGCCUCCGGUGACACCGAGAAAUGGAGGAGCACUGCUCUUCUGGUUAUAGAUAUGCAGAAUGAUUUCAUAUUACCAAGUAGCCCUAUUCACCUUAGGGGUGGCCAAGCUAUCGUCCCCAACGUUAUUAAGGCCGUUGAGGUUGCAAGAAAGCGUGGCAUCCCCGUUAUUUGGGUCGUCCGUGAGCAUGAUCCAUCAGGAAGAGAUGCUGAGCUGCUUCGAAGGCAUAUGUAUUCCCCUGGGAAGCCAAAACCGGCUUCUAAGGGGAGUGUGGGUGCUGAACUAGUUGAUGGGCUUGUUAUCAAGGAAGGGGAUUACAAAUUGGUGAAGACACGUUUCAGUGCCUUCUUUAACACAAACCUGCAUUCAUAUCUUCAAAGCAAUGGGAUUACCAGCUUAGUCAUCACCGGUGUCCAAACGCCAAAUUGCAUUAGGCAGACAGUUUUUGAUGCAGUUGCAUGGAACUAUCAUCCCGUGACUAUUAUUGUUGAUGCAACGGCUGCUGCAACACCAGAAAUCCACACUUCAAACAUAUUUGACAUGAAAAAUAUUGGAGUGAUGACGCCCACGCUUGAGCAAUGGUGCGAAUCCGGACACUAAGAAGUGUUUCUGCUGGAAGUGUGGAAGUGUCUGUCAUGUGUUAGUACUCUGUGUUUUGUAAAAGAGAAAUAAAAUGUUUUGAAGUAUGUUGUGGCAAACAGUACUUUUGUUAUUUGUAAUGUACCAAAUAAACAUGUAUGGUUGUAAGAAUAUUAACCGAAAACCAGAACCUAGUUGCUAUUGAAUUAGCCGCUUACUGGCUGUUAAAAAAAAGUAGCUAUUUUUAA